AUGAGUGGGACGAUCCCUCUGUACGUCGGCACGCUUUUCAACUGCACGCUCUUUGGCGUCCUCCUUGUACAAAUAUGCAUCUACUUUCUGGCGGCCUUUCCCCAUGACCGACGGCGGGACAAGCGCUGGUGUGGGCCAUCCUUGCAGUCGAAAUCGUUCAGACAAUUAGCAACAUCAAAGACAAGAGCAGGUAUUCGGACACGGAUGGGAGACCCUAGCGAACUGAAUAAGGUUGGGAUGGUGUGGUUCAAUGUGCCCCUUCUUGGUUCUAUCGUCGCGGCGGUCGGUCAGACCUUCUUUGCGUACAGAAUAUAUAUCAUUGGGAAGAGCUGGUAUCUCCCUGCAUUCUCACACUUGUAUGUAAAGUGUCUCUCGACCAGAGCACCUCUCUCAUCUAUCAUCUCAUCUCUCGCUGGCUCAAUGUGGUGCUGGUAUCUGGACUGGUGUGAUCAUCGACGAGCGGGGCACAUUCUCCAACCUCCAAUUCAACUUCUUCAAAGCACCUGCUGCGUGGCUUAUCCUGACCGCCGCGAACGAUAUCGUUAUCGUUGUCGGGACGUGCUACUGUCUGCUCAAAGCACGCGCGCCGGGCUUCUCGCGCGCCACGGAAAACAUGCUCUCGCGCGCGUCAUGAAAGUAACCACCAUCACUGGCCUUGUCUGUGCAGUCCUGGCAUUGGCGGAUCUAACCAUUUUUGCCGUGUUUCCCCAGGCCAGCUUCCAUUUGGGCCUCUGCAUGGGUUUGUCCAAAGUGUACUCGAAUAGCAUCCUGGUUAUCCUGAAUUCGCGCGCUCGAAUCUCGCUCCGUCGUGACGAGGCACCAAGUGAGGUGUCGGGCUUAAACUUCAGACUGACAGGCCUCAAGACUGGCGGUGGCGCCGAUACCGGUUUUGAAACCAGACAGUCAACAGACAUGUAGUUCAUACCAAUAAGUAAGGCUCCCGUCCGCCUGGCGCCGUGAAACCAAGAGUGAUUGAUCGUCA